AUGCUCUGGCUGCUCUGCGGCCCUUCUUGCGCCAUGGAGAGCCAGGCGCUGGUUAUCCGCAUCAAGAUCCCCGACGGCGGGGCCGUCGACUGGACCGUUCACUCGGCUCCUCAGCUGCUCUUCAGGGACGUGCUGGAUGUCAUCGGUCAAGUGCUGCCAGAUGCAACGACAACAGCGUUCGAGUAUGAAGAUGAGGACGGGGAUCGGAUCACUGUCAGAAGUGAUGAAGAAAUGAAAGCCAUGCUGUCCUAUUAUUACUCCACUGUAAUGGAACAGCAAGUAAAUGGACAGUUAAUAGAGCCUCUGCAGAUAUAUCCAAGAGCCUGCAAGCCUCCUGGGAAACGGAACAUACAUGGCCUGAAGGUAAAUACACGAGCAGGGUCUGCUAAUAAUAGCAGUUCGGCGGUCUCGGAUUCCCUUCCAAGCAAUAGCUUAAAAAAGUCUUCUGCAGAGCUGAAGAAAAUACUUGCAAAUGGCCAGAUGAAUGAACAAGACAUACGGUAUCGAGACAUCCUCGGUCAUGGCAAUGGAGGCACAGUCUACAAGGCAUAUCACGUCCCCAGUGGAAAAAUACUCGCAGUAAAGGUCAUACCCUUAGAUAUAACACUGGACCUCCAGAAGCAGAUAAUGUCAGAGCUAGAAAUUCUUUAUAAGUGUGACUCAUCAUAUAUCAUAGGAUUUUAUGGUGCUUUUUUUGUAGAAAACAGAAUUUCCCUGUGUACAGAGUUCAUGGAUGGGGGUUCUUUGGAUGUUUAUAGAAAAAUUCCAGAGCACGUACUUGGAAGAAUAGCAGUAGCUGUUGUGAAAGGCCUUACCUAUUUAUGGAGUCUAAAGAUUUUACACAGGGACGUGAAGCCAUCUAACAUGUUGGUGAACACACGAGGCCAGGUGAAGCUGUGUGACUUCGGGGUUAGCACACAGCUGGUGAAUUCUAUAGCCAAGACGUAUGUUGGAACAAAUGCUUAUAUGGCGCCUGAGAGGAUUUCAGGAGAACAGUAUGGAAUUCAUUCAGAUGUCUGGAGUCUAGGGAUUUCCUUCAUGGAGCUUGCUCUUGGGAGGUUUCCAUAUCCUCAGAUUCAGAAAAACCAGGGAUCUUUAAUGCCUCUCCAGUUAUUGCAGUGCAUUGUUGAUGAGGAAUCGCCGGUCCUUCCAGCCGGGGAGUUCUCUGAGCCAUUUGUACACUUCAUCACUCAAUGCAUGAAAAAGCAGCCAAAGGAAAGGCCAGCACCUGAAGAUUUAAUGGGCCACCCCUUCAUCGUGCAGUACAACGAUGGGAAUGCUGAGGUCGUGUCCAUGUGGGUGUGCAGGAUGCUUGAGGAACGGCGCUCAACCCAAGGACCACAGUGA